ACACUUUCAUCGACUAAGAGCGUUUUCAAGCACAAGAAAGUCAGAAAAAGUUAGAAGCUACAAAAGUAAGGAAAAAACAUGUAUUAAGAAACAAAAGCAGUUAAAAAAAUAUAUUCGCAUAAAUGAUUUAUAAAAAUAUUAUAUACAAUCAAUCAUGUAGUAGAUAUUAUUGUAUAAAUAAUAUUUUCUUAAUGUGAUUUGACUCUUUCACUUGAGUCACUAUAAGAAGUGUUACCCAGAAGCAAAGGUUGUGUUUGGCUCUUUCACUUCAGUAUUGUUUGUCGAAGAGAAUCAAAAAUGGUGGUGAAGGUGUACGGUCCCCACUGUGCUUCCACCAAACGGGUGCUGGUUUGUCUCAUUGAGAAGGAGAUCGAAUUUGAGGUUGUCCCUGUCGAUGUCACUAAGGGCGAGCACAAAAAUCCCGAGUAUCUCAAGUUACAGCCCUUUGGAGUUGUUCCCGUCAUCCAAGAUGGAGACUACACCUUAUAUGAAUCACGUGCCAUAAUGAGGUAUUAUGCAGAGAAAUACAGAUCUGAAGGGGUUGAGUUGUUAGGGAGGACAGCAGAAGAGAGGGGUGUAGUGGAACAAUGGCUGGAAGUUGAAGCACAUAACUUUAAUCCACCGGCGUAUGAUUUGGCCGUGCAUGUUCUGUUUGGUCCAUUAUUAGGCAUCACUCCAGAUCCAAAGGUGGCGGAAGAGAGUGAAGCAAAGCUGGUGAAGGUGUUGGAUGUUUAUGAGGAGAGACUGUCAAAGAGCAAGUAUCUGGGUGGGGAUUUCUUCAGUCUUGCUGACAUAAGUCAUCUUCCAUUCACAGAUUACAUUGUGAAUAAGAUGAAUAAAGGGUAUUUGAUUAAAGAGAGGAAGCAUGUGAGUGCUUGGUGGGAUGAGAUAAGCAGUAGACCGUCGUGGAAGAAGGUUAUCGAACUCUACCAACCUCCGAUCUAGUUCUUCAAUGGAGUCUGCAAUUAUUGUCAUCUAUCUUUCUACGUGCUUCUUCUUCUUCUCUGUAAUAAGUGUACUCUUAGACUGUUGUCUGAAACUAAAUAAAUAUCUGUUUAACAA